AUGCCUUUGACUUCGGUUCAAGAAGUGGAAAUAUUUGAUGUAUGGGAAGCGGAGGCUUUGCCCACUAAUGAUGCUAAAGUGGUGUUGAGCUUUCUUAAGCGGCUAGUGAAUCGGUUUGGGACUCCUAGAGUGACGGUGAAUGGAUCUCGGAAAGAUUGGUCCUUGAAGUUGGAUGACGCAUUGUGGGCAUAUCGGACGGCCUACAAGACUCCACUCGGUAUGUCACCAUUCCGUAUUGUUUAUGGGAAGGCGUGUCAUCUUCCUCUAGAGCUUGAGCAUAGAGCGUAUUGGGCUAUUAAGAAGUUAAACUUUGACUUCAAGAAGGCGGGGGAAAAGAGAUUGCUUCAAUUGAAUGAGUUGGAUGAAUUCCGAUUCAUGGCAUAUGAAAAUGCCAAGCUUUACAAAGAAAAAACGAAGCAAUGGCAUGACGCCCAUAUUGCCCCCAAGGUGCUAGAGGUUGGUUCAUUCGUCCUUCUCUAUAACUCUCGUUUGCGGUUGUUUCCGGGAAAGCUUAAGUCCCGUUGGAGUGGCCCGUUUAAAAUCCGAAACGUGGCAAAUCACGGUGCGGUAGAAUUGGAGAAUUCUAAGGGUGAGACCUUCAAGGUCAACGGACAAAGAUGCAAGCCAUAUCUUGGGCCAUUGACCAAUCGGGUGGAAGAUGUAGUUUCUUUCACCACUCCUACUUGA